UAAUGCUGCGGGCCGAGACAGAAGUCAAGUCAGGCAGUCAGUCGGUUCAGCAGUCCCAGUCUGAGGCUACAGCAGCAGCACCCGCAGUCAAAGAUGGCAUUCAAGCUCGUGGUCCUUGCUGCCCUGGUGGCCUGCGCCCAGGCCGGAGGCCUCAUCGGCGGCUACGCCUCUUCCUACGGCUACGGCGGUCUCGGCCUCGGCCACAGCCUGGCCGCUCCCCUGCACGCUGCGCCCCUUCACGCCGCGCCCCUGAUCUCAGCCCCCAUCGUGACCAAGACCACCGUGACCACGACCCCCAUCGUCACCAAGACCUACGCCGCCCCUCUGGCCUACGGCCACGGAUACGGCCACGGCUACGGCUACGGUCUCGGCCACUCCACCCUUGGCUACUCUAGCCUCGGCCACUCCGCCCUCGGCUACUCCGGUCUGGGCCACUCUACCCUCGGCUACUCCGGCCUCGGCUACUCCGGCCUCGGCUACUCCGGUCUUGGCUACUCCGGCCUCGGCUACUCUAGUCUUGGCCACUCCUCCCUGGGCUACUCCGGCCUGGGCUACUCCGGUCUGGGCUACUCUGGCCUCGGCCACCACGGUCUGGGCUACUCUAGCCUUGGCUACUCUGGUCUCGGCCACUCCGGCCUCGGCUACAGCAGCGGUCUCUGGUAAAGAGUGAACUAGUCAAAAAGAUACCUGUGAUGACGGCAUUUCCAAAGCUAAUAAAUAAUUGACGAAAACUGAAA